AUGCAGGACGCGGAGGGAGAGACGAGAGCCGGCCGUGACGAGGUAAGAUCCGUGGGCACCCUGAUCCUGACGCAUAGGGAGGGGAGCAGAGCUCGGUGGCGAAGAGAAGCAGUCGGCGUCGUGCUGCACCACGGAAUCCACUCCUCGUCGAUCUCCGCCCAUCCGGCCGAGCACAGCUUGCGGCAGGGUCUCCAAAAUGAGGAGUCCGAUCCCGCCGGUGGAUGCAGAUCGAGCCCACCUCGCGCUGCACGGCGCGUGCCAGUCGCCGGGCGUUACCACCCGAUGAUUCGGACCGACGUGGCGUCAUCGCGGCGGGGGCGCGGGGCAGGGAGCACCGCGUGGUGGAUGCCGCUGCCCAGACUACACGCGUCUUCCUGCCCCCCGGAUCUCGCCGGACAGCAGGGAGUGAUGGGGGCGCAGUGUGGGAGCCUCGCCAUGGCGCAGGCAUGCAGGCAGGCAGAGGUACCCCACGGCCAGCACCAACCAUCUCAUAUCAGUUUUCCCAUCUCCUCUCCCCAUCACCUUUCCCAUCUCGUCUCACGCAAGCCAAGCGCCACCUCUCCGGCUCCUCGUCCUCCUGCUCAUACCCAUCACCUUCCCCGUCCCACACGAGCUAAGCGCACACAGCAAGCGCCACAGAUCCACGCCAGGAAGGAGUCCACCGGCUUCUCCGCCUCACCUCUCCGCGGCCCGAGGACAUGGAGCGGCAUGGCGCUGCGCUUGUCGCAGAGCGUCUUCGCCGCCGCGUCCGUCUUCGCCAUGGUCUCCGGCAUCGGCAUCGGCUUCUCCAACCACGGCGCCUACUUCUACAUGAAUCUGGUGUUGAUCCUCCAGCUGAUGUGGAGUCUGUUCCUUGCUUGUGAGGAUAUCUUUGCUCUAAGGAAUAAAAAGUAUCUUCACACCCGGCAUAAUCUAUUGUUCAUUGUUUGCAUUGACAUGGCCAUGGCGAUUCUCAUUUUCACAGGAGCAAGUGCCUCUGCAGGCCUGACAAUUUUGAUCAUGUGGGAUAUGAAGCUCUGCGGGGCAUACCCGCGGCUGGCCUGCCGGCAGUUCGCGCUUUCGACCACCCUGGCGUUCAUCACGUGGUUGUUGCAAGCUGCGUCUGCUUUCUCUGGGUUCCGGCUACUGGCUUCGUUCUUCUAGUGAUCUCACGCACUCAUAAUCGCCGUCGCGACAUGCUAAGUCAGGAGGGUAAAUCACUCAUAAUCGCCGUCGCGACAUGCUAAGUCAGGAGGGUAAAUCGGUUGCAAUGUGCACGCAUCCUUCAUCACUUGUUAGAUAGAUGGAUUGUCUGUUUGAUAGUAGCUCAUCUUUAUUCUAGGAGUCGAUUAUGAACGCCCUGUGGUCGAACAGUUACUGUUUAGAUGAUGUGGGAUCAUUAAUAUGGAGAUAAGUCGUGAUCGAAGGUACCUGAAAAAUGCUCUGGUUGUUGUACAAUGGAAUUUCAUAUCUCUUCAAAUGGCUGGGACCAACCAUUUCUGGUUGCUUUGCAUCCAUA